GGGCUCGCGCGAACAAGAGCGUGGCCACGAGAUGCGCAGAGCGAUACAUUUUGAUUACCGAACCUCUUGCGUAGCUUUCCCAGCAUUGCACGCGCACCUGAGGCCAGAACGCAGCUUACACGUGUCACAUUCGAAAAAGGACAUUGGACGCCCGCCAGAGAACAAGGAGACCGUGCGAACGCAAGUGCUGACUGUCGCCUUCAGCAUCUGACGGAGCGCCGAUAUCAUGGACAUCGACUGCCUGCCGGACAGCCUUUUGCUGGAAGUCUUCCGACAUCUCCAGUUCCAGGCCAUAUGCAAAUGCUCACGCGUGUGCCGACGGUGGAGGCGAGUGACUCGCGACUGGUCACUCCGGCGGGUGAUCAAUGUGACCUCGCAACCGCUGUCAGCUCUCCAGGUGUGGCACCUCGUCCGUGACAACGCUGGCGCCAACCUCGUCGAGCUGAAGAUCACGGGGUUCAAAACAGCCACUGCACGUGGACCCACAGCCAUGGUGUUCGGACACCUAAGAGACCACUGCCCUUCUCUCAAGGUCUUGCAGCUGACUGACGCUUGGCUGGAACGUUCUCUGGCGGACCUCACCACCAGGCUCACGCACCUGUCAUUGAAGAGGUCUCUCUUUAUUACCGACGUCUUUCGAGACAAACGGGAACCGUUGGCGGUCAGCUCCCUGCGGUUUCUUGACCUGGCCAACUGCAUCUUCUUGCCGUGGUUCGACAUGGCUUCACUUACACAGUUUCAUUCGCUGCGCGGCCUGGUGCUCGAAGGCUGCUACCCACUCCUCGCCACUAGCUUUGCCCCGAGCAGGCCGAUGAUCACCAACCUUGUCCUGCUCAACAUCGAGCGCAUCUUCGUCUGCAACCGGGAGGUGCAGGUGGUGCUCCUUCAGGGCGCCAACCUCCAGUAUCUGUUUCUGGGCCACACAGGCUUCGAUGGGGAGGUGUUCGAAACGGUUUGGCGCCUCCUGAGAAACCAACGCCCGCUCCGCCUCACCCACGUCUGCCUCAGGUGCACGCAGAUACAGGAGCUGCAUUUGAACAAGCUCCUACAGAUGACGCCCCGGUUGCAGUGGUUAGCCGCGACGAGUGCCGACAUGUCGCCUGCCGCCAAGGAGCACGUGGAACAGUACCUACCCAGUUCCUGUCAGUACCUGGAGGUGGGACCCGGCAACCCGCGCAGCGCGGCGUUCUGUGGCCACUCCGUGCCCUUAUAAAAAUUUCUCUCAACAUGUUUUAGACCGCUUUUAGACUAUUGUUACUAGAACCUACCAACAGUCAAUAGAAAUCCUUCCAUCGGUCUUUAGGCUUCCUAACAACUCCCUAGUAACACCCUAGAAGCAAUUGGCCACCAACAUUAUUUAGAAACAUGCUCAUAGGUUGUCUGUGAACUUCCUACUAACUGUGUAGAAACACGUUUCUUUAGACCUCCUAUUAGCAUUCAUUAAAUUGAAGCAUGUUCAUAGGCUAUCUGUAAACGUCCUAUUAAAAAUUUACUAGCGCUUUCUUUAGACACCCUAGUAACAUUGUUCUAACAAUUGGCCACCAACAUUGAAUAGAAGCAUGUUUGUAUACUUUGUCAACAUCCUACCAGCUUUCUACUGACAGUUUUUAGGCCUCAUUAUGACUGAAUUAUUUCAAACCUCCUACCAACAUUUUCCCUUUACACAAUCUAGAAACAUUGUCCAGAGUUGGUCACAGUAUGUGAAUAAAAACAUGUUCAACGCUGCUUAUAAAUUUAUGCUAACCUGAAAAUUUAUAACUUUAGAUCACCCAGUACACCAGCACACCACCCUAUAAUGCUCAGAGCCGCAACUAUUAAUUUCAUUUAUUGGACGCUAUUAACGUCUGUCACCUUAUGUAUAUAUUUACGGGAUCUUAUUGGAGUAUUGAUAAAUAUCUAAGCUCUUGACGCGAUGUGCAGCUGAAGCCACAGGUUGCGAAAGGAGCUACUGAAAAUAAAGGUCUGACAAAUUGGAAGCGUUGCGAAGAUUGCAUCACACAUUUAUUACAUUAUUCAAUCAGUCAAACUUGGGAACCGCAGAAAUGAGACUGUAGUUAUGCGAAGCAGCUUCAGCAUUCUGGGCGUUAGUUGUAGUUGCACCUUAGAUAUUAUGGAAAUGUUUCUUUUUGUGAGAUUGUUGCUGUGAGAUCCUUGGCGUUGUAUCCUUUAAAAAAAGGGAGUAGCAGUUAGGCAAGAGCAAAGAAUUAGUUCAUGAUUGUCACAAAAGAGCGCGUAAUCCAAGCGCGCGCCGCGUGUCACGCAAGCCAGCGAAAGAACACGCCGGCCCCGCGGCAACUUCAACAGAGGCGGACAGCGCCUACGCCUCAAACAGCAACGCUAACAACGGCGCCGAAACGUCUGGAAGAGACUCGACGGAGCGACGUUAACCGGAGAGAGAGAGAGAGAGAGAGCACGCGCGCGCCGAGACACCUUCUCACCCGGCGAGUCGACAGACAUAACUACAGCGUGAGCGCGCGUCAACAGGAUGAGUCAUCACCCCCCCU